AUGAAGCGACGUGGUCCAGACCUUCUGACUCUCACUUUUGAAACAGAUGGGCAUAUUGACGAUUGUGAUCCCUUCCCUUGUUUGAAUGGAGGAACUUGCGAUGAUGGAAUAAACUCUUAUACUUGUAACUGUGCUCCUAGCUAUACUGGAAUGAACUGCUCGACAGAGUGUGAAAAUUACGUGACUUGCCCCAAAUCAGAUAUUGACGAUUGUGAUCCCUUCCCUUGUUUGAAUGGAGGAACUUGCGAUGAUGGAAUAAACUCUUAUACUUGUAACUGUGCUUCUCGCUAUACUGGAAUGAACUGCUCGACAGAGUGUGAAAAUUACUCGACUUGCCCCAAAUCAGCAUCAAUGGUGGCUUUUGUCAUGGAUGAACACGUUUUAGGUAAACGUGCAGCUAUUCCUAUUGGUUCAUCAGCUGUUCAAAGCCUACAGGACAGGAUUGUGAGUGCUUUGGAAAGCGUACCAGUAGUAAUCAGUGUGAACGGAACUGCCAUUUCGGCAAAUGAUGACGUCAUUGGUUUUAUUACAGCAAGGAUUAGACUCGAUGUUACCUUUAAUGGUGACGUAACAAUUCUAGAGUUGAUACCACUCCUGGUAUCUGCUAUUAAGGAUUCCGGUGUUACCGUUCAGAGCCUUGGGCUGCUGACGAACCCCUGUUCCCUGGAUAAUCCAUGUGCUGAUGGAUCUACAUGUGAGAGGGUCGACGACACCUCUGCAGAAGUCCGCUGCAUACAAGAUAUGGUCACAACAAACACACCGGACACUGCCACAGUGCUCAUUAUCAGCCUUCCCUUAAUCGCCAUCCUGACCAUUUUCCUUUUCGUUGCCACGUGUUUCGUUUGCUUUGCUGUCCGCCGGAAGAGAUGGGAGAUGCAGCAAACGAAUGGUGGUUCUUCUUAUGGAAUACCGGGCUACUUCAGACGGCCACCAGGGGGGUAUGAACGUCCUCGACCGCGAAGAUACCCCAUGGACAAUACACUUUCACAGCGUCGCAUUUCUGAAAGGGCAGGCCGGAGGCGAAGCAGGAGUGUCGGCCCCGUGUUCGCGGCGGACACCGACCCUCGGUUCUUGCACGAAAUGAACGCCAAGCUUGAGAUGGGAUUAGAUUCUGGCAUGGAAGACGACGGAUCUUCCGGCUUCAAGCAUCACUAUGCGGUGGACGACAAUGGGUUCUCGUACGGAAGCCGAACCGGUGGUUACCAUGGUUACUUAACAAGCGGGCCCUACCGACAUGGCGCCACGAACGGGAGCGAACAGCGUAAAGGCUACAAUGGAACACUGGACACGUACUUCUGA